AUGGAAGCAAUUUCUUCCAAAUCAACAUCAGAUUUGAGCAAUAGUUUUUGGGCACAAAUCCUAAUAAUUUCUCAUCACCCUUUCAAAUUAGGUGGGACUAAGAGUCAUCUAGAGUUGCCUCCUGAAACUCAUGA